UUCUGAUCAUUCUGAUUGAUUGGCAUGUGGUUGGUUCCCCUCCCUAAGGGGGUGUUGCCCUCGGAGGGGAGCGGAGCCCCAUUGGCGGCGGCGAUGCUUGGGGGCGUGUGGGUCCUGGAGGAAGAAGAAGAGGAUGAAAGGAGUGAGGAGAGGAGGAGAGUGGUUGAGGAGCCGCUGUGUGCUGUGGUCCAGAACUGCAUCGUGCUACACAACAUCGUGGGGCCCGCCUGCAUCUUCCUCAGAGAGGCGUUCAUUCAGAGCCAGCUCGACAGAGACCUACGGCCAGAAGAGAUUGAAGAGCUGAAGGAGGCGUUCGGGGAGUUUGACAAGGAUAAAGAUGGUUACAUCAGCUGUAAGGAACUGGGAGAGUGCAUGAGGACUAUGGGGUACAUGCCCACUGAGAUGGAGCUCAUCGAACUCAGCCAGAACAUCUGUGGCGGCAGAGUGGACUUUGAGGACUUUGUGGAGCUGAUGGGUCCUAAGAUGUUGGCAGAGACAGCAGACAUGAUAGGAGUGAAGGAGCUCAGGGAUGCUUUCAAAGAAUUUGACUCUAACGGGGACGGUCAGAUCAGCCUGGCUGAACUGAAGGAGGCCAUGAAGAAGCUGGUGGGGGAGCAGCUCAACCAACCAGAGAUUGAUGAGAUCCUCAGAGACGUUGACCUCAACGGGGACGGCCUGCUCGACUUCGAGGAGUUUGUCAGGAUGAUGUCUCGCUGACUCUCCUGGCCAGAAGACCAUGAUGACAUGACUUUAAGAGAAUAGUCAACAACAACAACCUCCUCUAUUAGAUGUUAUGGACCAGUCCUCAGUAUGUUGUAGUGCAUUUAAUUACAAUAUUAUUGAUGUACAAAUAUUUAAUGUUGUUUUUAGGGUAUUUGUUGAUACUUUUGUAUUGCUAUAGCAACAAUCCCUAAUAAUACUGUAUGUAUGUUUCUGUUGUAUAAAUGUAACGUUAUAAUAAUAAUAAUAAUAAUAAUUGUAUUUGUAAAGUGCUUUUCAUGCAUUAUGUUUAAAGUGCUACACUAUGUUAUCAGUUAAAGUGAUGCUCUUGUAUAGUUUCAGCCAGCAGUUUUGAAAGUAGUGCUAACGAGCCAAAACGGGUCCCUGAAAGUUGUGCACAAUGUCAUCCAUUUUGUAUGAUAUGUUACGUCUUGAAAAAAAAUACAAUAUUAUGAUACGAAUUCCAAUUCGUACAAUAUGUUACGAAUUUGUAAGUGCUUCAGAUCCCGGACUGCAUCAUUUAAAGAAAUACUGAUUUAUUGAUAAAUUAUUUGCAUAUUAUUGAUCAGAGACUAAGAGCAGAGUAAAGGUCUGAUUAUAUCAUAGUGAUGUUGACAUACAGUUGAAGUCGGAAGUUUACAUACACCUUAUAUUUAAACCAAAUACAUUUCA